CCGCCGCUUCAUCACUCCGCCACUUCCAUCGCCAUUUCCUAAUCUCCAUGGCUGUGUAAAUGUGAGAGUUCCAACUCCCAAUCUUGCUGAGGCCCUAACACAUACUCUCUUUCCUUUCCCGCGCUGUCACUACUAAAGGGAAGAGCCGAAGAUAUCCAGGAAAAACGAGGAAGGGAGAAGCGUUGGUACCAGCAACAAUGGCGGCCACGGCGGCCUCAGAAGUGUCAGAAGGUCCAGUUCUUAGUCUCAUGAGCAAGCGUCUUCGUAACCUUAAAAAGAAAUACAACCGAAUCCUUCAAAUGGAAGAGAGUAUCGCUCAGGGCAAAGCCCUCAACAAGGAGCAAGAGGAAGUCCUCCGCUCUAAGCCUGCCGUCACCGUUCUCAUCGAGGAGUACGAGAAGCUUAGGCAGCCUCUCUCCACCGCUCUUCAAGAGGAGCUCAAUCUCGCACUCCAACACCUUCAGGUAUCUGCUGCUCCCCCCGUCUUUGACGAUACAUCUAAGGAUAUUAAAGACAGCAAGGACGAGAGCGAAGAACCCCAUAAAUCAAGCGAAGACCGCGAUGAUGCCGACGUAGAGGAUCUGUUGAAGCUUCUCUACUUCGGUUGCUUGUUUGAUGUGAAGCCACAGAGUGAUUUCACGUCAACAAUGCUUACCAGGACUCACGAGCGUGGCUGCUGCUUGACCUACGAUUACGUGACCGACGAUGCCACUGAUCUUCUUGGGGAAAGGGACUUGGAUUUGAUUUCUAUGCUUGGUAGUCUCGUGAUUUCCCGGCCUCUUCAUUCCAGCCUCUCUCACAAGAACGCUCUACGUAGCUGCGUCGAGCAUGCCAAGCAUUGGCUCGCCAAUUCGGACCAGCCCAUUGAAUCGGGAGCGACAGUUACCUAUGAUGGAUUGAGGGAGCGGCUAAACAAGAUUCUGGCAUCGGAUUAUUUCACGACGACUCCUGAGAUGAAGGCUGCGGUUGAAGUGGUUGCUGCUGCGGGAAAGUAUGCGCCCUGCCAGGUGCAGUUGCAUGACUCCUCGGUGUCGCUGGUUCCUGUCCAGGUGGAAAAUGCAUACGCACAUUACGAGCAGAAGGAUGAAGAGCUGGCAAACUUUCGAGGACAGGAACCUGAUGCUGAUCAAUCGAGUCCUGUUGAGGAACUUUCUGAGGUGGAUGUAGCCGAGGUGCCAAAUACUGCAGAAGUGACAUCAGCUCAACAGGAGCAAAAGGCACAGGCAGAAUGGGAUGAUCAGAGCGAGAGAAAUAUGGAAUCAAAGGAGCAACAGUACAUCCCUCGAAGGGCAUAUCAGAAUCAGCGAGGUGGCCGUGGUGGUGGUGGUGGUGGUGGUGGCAGUGGCAGUGGCCGCAGGGGUUAUGCUAAUGGCCGUGGGGGUCGAAGUGGCAGAGGUGGUGGGGGAUACCAGAAUGGUCGGAACCAAUUCUACGAACAGCCGGGGAAUUAUAAUUCUAAAAACUAUAACAGCAGGGGAAGGGGUUCUGGUGGGCACAAUUACAACAAUUAUGGAUCGGCAACUCAUGGCAGUUACACCCAGGCUGAUGUUGAGCUGGGUUCAUGAUUUAGCUUUUAGGUCAUUUUAGCUUGUCCUGCUUUCUGGCUUUGUAGGGAUUGACAGGUUUUUCAUCUGAAAGAAACCGAGGAUUAUAUUGAUGGGGUACUGUGGAUGAAUGCUCCCUCUUGUAGUUCAGUCAAGGAGGUUU